GUGGCUCCUGCAGAUUGUUUUUCAGGAGUGUAUUUUUAUCUGUAGUUAGUUUGCAGGCAGUUUGUAUUUGGAGCUGACAGCCAUGGCGGAUACAGGUGUCAAGAAGGAGCACGCACUCCUAGAAGAAGUGUCUUAUGAUGACGACGAGGUAGCUCUGGUGAGCGCCGCCACAGAGCCGGCAGUAGACGACGGCCCUGCUAAGGAGACGGCCACUGACCCCGGAGGCAAGAGUGAGGCGCAGAUGAACGGGGUCAUGGUCCUCUCUCUGCUCGACAAGAUUAUUGGGGUGGUAGACCAGAUCCAGCAGACCCAGAACGGGCUCGAGGCCCGGCAGGAGUCCAUGGAGAAGUCCGUAUCAACCAUCCAAGGGGAGUUGGCUAAGCUGUCCAAGAACCACGUCGGCACGGCCAACAGCGUCAACAAAAUGCUGGACAAGGUGCGCAAGGUCAGCGUCAACGUGAAGACGGUGCGCAGCAACCUGGAGAAGCAGGCGGGCCAGAUCAAGAGGCUGGAGAGCAACGAGAACGAGCUGCUCAAGAGACGCAACUUCAAAGUCCUCAUCUACCAGGACAAAGUGAAGCCAACGAAGACGUCCAAGGCAGCAGCGGAGACAGUGGUCGAAGGCCAAGCCGUGGAGGGCCUCGAGCAGAUACCUGAGGGACAAGAGGGACUCCCAGACAACCUCAAUUCAGAUGAGGAGGUGGAGAUCGAGGAGAUUAUCGAGGAGUCCCGUACCAAGCGCCUCCAACGCACCACCAAGCAGCAGGUGGACAACAUAAAGAAAGCCUUCUCCAAAGAGAAAAUGGAGAAGACCAAAAUAAAGACAAAGGAGAACUUGGAGAAGACCAGGCAGAGGACCCGGGAGAACAUGGAGAAGACGAGACAGAGAACCCGCGACAACCUGGAGAAAACCAAGCACAGCCUGGAGAAGAAAAUGGGCAAGCUCGGGACCCGCAUGACCCCCAACAUGGAGCGCAGGUCGAAGAUAAAGAGCUCCAAAGAGAAGGCGAAAAAGUCCCUCACUCCCGACCACAAGGUCUACGCUCGCUCCAAGACCAGUGUGUACCGAGUGCCCCCCUUCACCUUCCAUGUGAAGAAGAUCCGAGACGGGGAGGAGGAGGUGGUGGUGCAGAACACAGAGCUGGAGGAGGUGGCCGAGAGCGAGAGCGAGGGCGAGGGCCAUCCGGGCGGAGAGGAGAACGGGCUGGGGGUGCACGUGGAGGUGGAGGAAGGGGAGCUGGUGAGGGUAGACAGCCCAGAGAUGGAGGUUCUGUUGGAGGUGACUGAGGACUCUCAGCUGGUCAGGAUGGAGCCAGACCACCUAAAGAAGGCCCAAAGCGAGUAGAGCG